AACAUAUCAUUUUUUAUAUUUUCUUAGAAGAGGCUUACCAGUGCAUGCGGUUUCAAAACUCAACCCAAUAUCAUUUCACUCUCAUUCCGGUUUCGCAAAACCUAACCCUAACCCUAAAAUCGUCAUCGGCAGUCUCGGAGUGAAGAAUUUGAAUGGCAGUGACCAACCGGUCCCCAUAAACCUAACUUAGAUUCUCCUUCAAUCCAUAAUCACUUCCGGGGGUGACAUCAAUUGGAUAAUUCACGCAGUUGGCGAAUUGGUUGUGUAGAUAGGGUCGGGAUAAUUGUUCCGGGGAAGUGGUUGAGAAGGGUGCUGAGGAAGUGGUCUGAUUUUGGAUUAGAACAGCUUGAUUUAUCAAAAUUUCAUUAAUUGAGGUGAUUUUUGGAGGUGUAAGCAUACACAAAAAUAAAUGGGAGAUUCAGAUGAUGGUAUAAAGUCAGAGAGAACAGUUUUUGUGACAGUGGGAACCACCUGUUUUGAUGCUCUUGUUAAAGCAGUAGACACUCAAGAAUUUAAGAAAGAGUUGUCUGCAAGAGGAUAUACCCACCUUCUCAUUCAAAUGGGCCGUGGAUCCUACUGCCCCAAAAAGUCUACAGGAGAGGAUGGGUCACUAGUUGUAGACUAUUUCACUUUUUCAUCGAGCAUUGCAGACAAUCUGAGAUCAGCAUCUCUUGUGAUCAGUCAUGCAGGGUCCGGGAGCAUAUUUGAGACAUUGCGUUUGAGAAAGCCUUUGAUUGUGGUGGUGAAUGAGGAUUUGAUGGACAAUCAUCAGAGUGAGCUAGCAGAAGAACUAGCAGAGCGGAAGCAUUUAUUCUGUGCUCACCCUCAAACACUCUUUCAGACUGUUGCAAGUAUGAACCUGGAAUCCCUCCUUCCAUACCAUCCAGGUGAUGCAGCACCAGUUGCUAAGCUUAUAAAUAGGUUUCUAGGUUUCCCAGAUGACUAAUGAACGGUGGGAUAUUAUUUUUCUCAACCGAGUUAAUCAAGGUUUACACUUGGGGAACUAUCUUGUCCCCUGUUGUAUGUUUUGAGUGAGCAUUGAUUUAAAGCACAUGGACCUCAGAUAGAAAUUUAAAAGAUUGACUUCAUUUUACGUAGCAUUUUUGUACAAAAGACUGCAUUUCAUUAUCUGUAUAAAAAUCCUACCAAGGAAAGGGGCUAUUCAGAAAAA